AUGUAUAGCUCAUCAAGAGGACAUGCAGUACACAGACCUCACGAUGUUAAUGCUGAUGUGGAUUAAAGUGGUGCUGUUUAAUAUAGUCGAUUCAAAGACACAAACAAACGUCGUCCAUCAGCCGACCCCGGUGAUCAGUGCUGCUCCUGGUGAUAACGUGACUCUACACUGCUUUUUGAGUGAAGAACAAGGCAUUGAUCCUAUCGUUUGGUACAAGCAACCAGGAGGACACGAACCUUCCUUAGUGGCUGUGGUACAGAAAAUACAGGAUCCCAUUUACAAAGACGAAUUCAAGUCUCCGAGGUUCAGAAUCGAGAAAGGAAACAAGAGCUUUCAUUUGAAAAUAAUGAACGUGAAUCCAUCAGACGAAGCCGUGUAUUACUGUGGAAUGAUUCCGUUCUACACAGUUUUUGCAAAAGGGACAUUUUUAUCAGUGAAAGGUAAUGAAGAUGUAAAAGUGUCGGUGUGGCAGCCCGGCAUGUCGGACUCGGUUCCUGCAGGAGCCUCAGUGACUCUGCAGUGCUCGGUUCUCUCUGAGAGCAUAGCAUCAGAAGUUCAAGUGCUCUGGUUCAGAGCUGCUCCACCACAAUCCCAUCCUCAAAUCAUUUACACUCAUCACAACAGCAGCCAUCAGGAUAAGAGCAGCUUUAAUAAACACACCUGUGUGUACAACUUCACCAAGAACAUCCUCAGCCUCAAUGACACUGGAACUUACUACUGCGCUGUGGCCCUGUGUGGGAAGAUCGUAUUUGAGAACAGGGCACCAGUACAGGAUGACAAAUAUGAUGAGGCUUAUAAUCCUGUAGUGAUCUCUCUGGGAACAGCGUUGGUCAUGUGCUGGAUUCUGAUUUCUGGACAAACUGUUUUACUCAUUAAAAGGAGAAACUGUCAACAACGCAGAGUGAGAAGUCAGCAUGGUUCUGAGGAGGCGAACACUCAGGCUCGUGAUGCCGUAGAGCUGAAUUACGCUGCCUUACAUUUUAAUGAAAGGAAAGCCAAAAGAGUGAGAGGAAACCGAGGUCGAUCUCAAGACAGCGUGUACUCUGAAGUGAAAUAUUCCACCAUUUCUCACUAAAAUAUUUUUAGUGAAAUUAUUUUAUCAGCUUGAAUGUUUCUGUACAUAUGCACACUGUGGUGAAUCAUCUGAGUUAUUUUUUUUAUUGAUAUCAGUUCAAACGGCUGAUUGUGUUGUGCUUUGGGGGACAAGGCAUGGUUUGGCUCCAGUGUUCUCCUUACAGAAAAACAGCAAUGCAAAUCAAUACAAAGUUCUUCCUCCUUAUCAGUUUUUUCCUAUAAUGAAACAUUUAUGAUGAAUAUGGGCGUGGUUACUUUCUGGAUAACUCCGCCCCCAUCCACAGGGCAUGGCGGCUUACUGAAUAGUUUGAUGAACAUGGACUAAAUCAUAUGUUAUAGAUCAUAUAUGUUACAGAUAUUCAUCAUCACGAUCAUCAUCGUCAACAUAACAACACUUUUCUGAAGGAAAAUCUUUUGAAAGAAUGCCAUUCAUUGCUCCUGCACAGAUCUGUUUCGGAGGCCUGUGGUGGCUCAACACCUUAGCCCUCAUUUGUAGGUUUAAAUACCUGUAAUAAAUUGUCUUUUACAUUUUCCCAACAUUGUCCUGUCAAAAAUAUAUCUAUAGAGUAAUUAGAAUAAGAGUAAUAUGUCUAUAAGUGUAAAUCAUGCAUGUACCAGUGUCUUCUGUGCAUGUGUAAGUAGGAUGAGUCUGUGGUUUAACUAUGAUAUGCAGAACGUCUUCAGUAACCUACUUUCCACUGGAAGACCAGAAACAAGGACAGCAUGCAAAAACAACAAACCACAAGAAGAGUCCUCUGCUUUUCAGCUCUCUUAUAAUAUGCGUAUUUCCUUUUAAUGGCUUUGUCAACUAUCUCUAGAGUGCCCCCUAUUGGAGAACAGUGAAAGUAGAUGCUAAAGUUAAUCAGGGGGUAAAAAAAGUGUAAAAUCAGUUGAUGAGUCAAUGUUAUAUCGAUUAAAUAACGUGUUCAUUAUUAGAUUAUAUGGCACUGCUGUCAUAGAAAAUUAAUCAACAUUUUUUGACCAAUCAAAAACAAUUAUUAUUGUUUACCUUCUAUGAAAAAAUGUUUUAAAUGUAUAAGACAAGGACUGGUGUCACAUUCGGGGGUUUUCCCACCUGAAUGAAUAAAUGAA